CGACAAACAUUUUUUUCGCAUGUUAUUAUGGAUCCUGCGUCCUGUUUGACCGUGUCGGACGAACACUCGAAAGACUUUGCCAAUAAUACGAUAUCCGUUCUCCGGCUACCGACCAGGGAACGAUUGUCGUGCAUGUUGAAUGCCAAGAAAGUCAUCCCUUCACCCGAAAACAUACCCAGAGAUUGGAGAGGAUUAUGCACACUUUUGAACUAUACAAUACCAUCUGGAUGUGAUCCGACCGACCCAAUUGGCAAAAUAUUCAAGUUUUGUGAAGCAAAAACUACUAUAGCACAUUUUAUACGGUGUUUACAGCGAAUAGACAGGUAUGAUGUUGUGGAAGAGACGGAAGAAUUAAUUAUUUCUGAUAUUAUAUAUUAUAAAGAACAAUGUUCUUUAGCAAAUCCAUCUCCGGUAGUACCAAAUGAUUUUGACAUCAAUAUUAUUACUUUAGAUGAUAUAAAUGCAUCCAACAAUGGUCUUCCUCUUUCAAGAUACGAUGCAUUUUUACUGUAUGAUAAUGCAGAUAUACAAUCAGCUACUGUUGUUGUAGAAAAAUUAGAAAUUGAUUACAAGCUAAAGCUAUGCUUAAAAGAUCGAGAUUUAAGGCCAGGCGUUAUGUUCGAAUAUCAGUCUAUAGUAAAAUUGAUAUCGGAUCGCUGUAAUUGGUUAAUCAUUAUAGUUUCAAAUGAUUUUUGUAACAGCCCUUGGAACAGAUUUAUUAUGAAUUAUAUACAGUCAUUAGCCAUUGAACAACGGUUACCUAAAAUUAUUCCAUGCGUAUUUGGUGAUUGUAUAUUACCACAAGAACUCAAAUGUUAUGUUCACUUAUUCUUUAACAAAUAUAAUCCUUUUUGUGAUCCAUGGAACAAACUAAGGAUAACUGUAUCACCUUAUACGAAUCUAGCAUUGACCAACAGUGUAGAGGCAAAUGACAGUUGCCAGAAGCUAAAGAUCGAAGAAUCCACGAAUACCAAUACCACAGUUGUUGAAAAAAAGGAAGUGAUAAAGUUUUCUAGUGAAGAACACAAUCUGCUGCCUAAAACCAAAAAUGUUUUUAAUAGAUUUGUUAAGACUGUUGGAAAUAUUUCUAUUAAAGUUGUUCCUCAAAAAUGGAAUAAAAAGAAAGUAAAAUGUACUAGUCUCUGACUCACAUUUUUUGUUCUCUACAGGUAAUAUCAGUAAGUUUGAAUAUUAAAAAUAUUAUUUUUGUAUAGAGUUUUACCAUUUAACCUUUGUUAUGUUUUUAUGAUGUAAUAUUUUGUAUAAUUGUUUAAUUAAUUGUAUUCAAAUAUUGAAGUUUUAUAUUUUUUUAUUACAAAUGUUUUCUUUAUAAUAUUCUAGUUUGUGCCUUUUAGUUUUUUAAUUAUAUUAUCAAAAAUAACUAGAAAAGUAAUCAUCUUGGUGCCUGGUGAAUUAAAUGUAUAUUCCUGG